AUUCACCCAGAAUUAUAUGUUGAUAAAUCAAGGGGAGAUAAGCUACGGAUAAAUAUAGACAUUGCUUUUCCACAUAUGCCAUGUGCUUAUUUAAGCAUUGAUGCAAUGGAUGUGGCUGGAGAGCAACAAUUAGAUGUUGAACAUAAUCUCUUCAAACAACGCUUGGAUAAAGAUGGCAAGCAUGUGACUCCAGAAGCAGAAAGACAUGAAUUAGGAAAAGAAGAGGAACUUUUCUUUGAUCCAAAUUCAUUAGAUCCUGAACGCUGUGAAAGCUGUUAUGGAGCAGAAUCUGAAGAUAUCAAAUGCUGCAAUAAUUGUGAUGAUGUGAGGGAAGCAUACAGGCGUCGAGGGUGGGCCUUCAAGAAUCCAGAUACUAUAGAGCAAUGCAAGAGAGAAGGAUUUAGCGAGAAAAUGCAGGAGCAAAAAAAUGAGGGAUGCAAAGUAUAUGGAUUUUUAGAGGUCAAUAAAGUAGCUGGCAAUUUUCACUUUGCACCAGGAAAAAGCUUUCAACAGUCUCAUGUUCAUGUUCAUGAUCUUCAGAGUUAUGGACUUGACAAUAUAAACAUAACACAUAUUAUCAGGCAUCUUUCAUUUGGGAAGGAUUAUCCAGGUCUUGUGAACCCACUUGACGGAACCGUUGUCACAGCUCAUCAAGCUUCGAUGAUGUUCCAGUAUUUUGUAAAAGUAGUCCCCACAGUAUACAUGAAAGUUGAUGGUGAGAUGGUGAGGACAAAUCAAUUUUCAGUAACAAGGCAUGAAAAAAUAGCGAAUGGACUAAUUGGAGAUCAAGGCCUACCUGGUGUGUUUGUACUGUAUGAGCUUUCCCCAAUGAUGGUGAAAUUAACAGAGAAGCACAGGUCCUUUACACAUUUUCUCACAGGCGUCUGUGCCAUUAUUGGAGGAGUAUUUACAGUUGCAGGACUCAUUGAUUCUUUGAUCUAUCAUUCAGCUCGAGCCAUUCAGAAGAAAAUUGAACUUGGAAAAACUACAUAGAUUAGUAUCUACAAACCUUCCUAAAAGACUUGAAGAAAUGAAAAAUAACCCUAACAUCAAUGUCCAAUAUGAAUGUGCCAAGUGAAGAUCAUUGGAACUUUGAGAAGAGACUGACAUUCCAGUUCCUGGGACAAGGGAUUAAAUUUAAACAUCAAUGUUUGUGGCUGUUAAAACAUUUCUGUUUUAAUAUUCACAUUAAUCUGUUGGCAUAUAUUUUCAAUUUCUAUAUUCCAAAAGAAAGUGUCAUCCAGAAUAUAGAUCACAAGAACUUCUAUAUGUCUAAAACUAGUUAUUUCUAAUUUAAUUUGUAUUUAGUGAUACUGUAAAUUGUGUGGUUGAAAUAAAUUCUCAGGAAAAUGUU